CCUAAGUGUAACCUAGGAGGGCAGAGUAGGUAAAAAACAGGGUGUUUGAUUGUGGUUAAACAGCUCUUAAUUGAUGUGUGCUCAUAGAAAGCAAUGUUUCACAAACUCUGUAGACUAGUGCUACUUGCAAGCGAAGCAGCCCCAGUACUGCCUGUUCUGCUACACCACACCUUUGCAGGCAGGGGUAACCGGAUGGUAAGCUGGAGAGUGUUUGUUCAGCCAAACACUAAAGUUCUUCCCCUCCCUCCUCCUUUGCAGAACUGUUUUUUAGUUGGAAUAGUUCACUAUGGACUCUGCAGACACCUGCUGCAGAAGAAUAUUCUGGGAAAAGAGUUAGGGAAAGACAGUAUUUUGUCCUCUGACCACUGAAGGUGUUCAGCCAGCCAGAGCCUCUGGUGAAGAGGAAGAACUGAGAAGAAAACAAACUAUGAAAGCAUUGGUUAUUGGCCUUGGAGGUGUAACAAAUGGGGGGAAAACAACGCUGGCAAAAAAGCUUAAGAAAAGGCUUCCCAACUGUGAUAUAAUCUCUCAAGAUGACUUCUUUAAGCCAGAGUCUGAAGUAGAAACAGAUGAACGUGGAUUUAAGCUAUAUGACGUACUUGAUGCCCUCUAUAUGGAAGAAAUGGUGAAGAGGAUUCGCAAUUGGAUGAAAAGCCCAGCAAGUUCAGGUGUUGUGACAGAAGAGCCACCGAAUACAUGUGACAGUGUGAAAAAUACGGAUGUUUAUAUUUUGAUUGUUGAAGGCUUUCUGCUAUACAAUUAUGAGCCGCUUAAUGAACUAUGGAAUAGAAGAUAUUUUUUGACCCUUCCUUAUGAAGAGUGCAAAAGGAGAAGGAGCACCAGAGUCUAUCAACCAGCAGAUACACCGGGGUACUUCGAUGGACACGUGUGGCCUAUGUAUCUGAAAUACAAAAGUGAAUUGGAAGAGAAUGCAAGUAACAUUGUUUAUUUGGAUGGAACAAAAUCCCAAGAGGAGCUUUUAUCCUGUGUGUAUAGUGAUAUAAUACAGGAAUUAAAAAAGCUGAGGGAAGGAAAUCAGCAGGUCACAACAUGAUUUUGUAGAAAGCCUGGGUUCCACUUGCUACACCUUGAAAACCCUCAAGACUGUCAUACUUGGCAAGCCAACCAAAUGAUGAAAUAUUAUGUAUAUGUCCAUAAUACUAAUUCAUACAACACAAGUGAUUUGUAGCAACUGUUAACUCUGGAAGCCUCAGAUAUUGUUGAGUGCAUUAUGCUCUAAAAUUCCUUUAAUCAGUCAUGCUGAUCUUUAAAUCUGGUUGAAUGUGUAUGUUUUAAAGAAUAUAAACAUAUCUUUGUGUACAAAACUAAACUAUGAAGAUGCAGGUCUGUUGGUUUAAUAAGUAUAUUUGAACAUGGGUGAAUGCAAUUUGAAGUGUUCAUGUAGGAAUGACAGUGAUUACCUCUGAUAUUCUUGCAAGCUUCUAAUCACUGAUAAACAUGGUUAGAGGAACUAGCUAUGCUGUGGCAAUAGUAGGUUUAAGAUUAUAUAGGCUCUAACACUGCUUAUUCAGCAACUGGACCUCUUGUAUUAAUACAUCAUUACUGAUUUUAUUUAGACUUGCUAAAUACCUCUGUGGUGUCUGUCAAGUAAUUUUUAAGUUCUGUAUUGGUUGGAGCAGUUGGGAAUGGAUAUUUAAAAAAAAAUCCGCACAAACCUGAAGGGAAGUCAGGUUGUUGGAAAAAGAUGGAGUAAGAUGUUGCAGAGAAUGCAGAUGCAUCACUAAGUAUACAUAUUGUGCAGACAUUGAGAACUGGGAUGAUGGCACAGGCUACUAGAUAAUAAAUGAAUACUUCAGAGAGGGUGAAGAAAGAAAUAAUUCUUAUUAAUAUUCAUAGCUCAGGUUGAAAUUAUAGUAAUGAAAGCAUUCAGAAAGCAGGUAUGCUAAAUAUGUUAAAGCUUUGUGUAGGAUUCGUGUACCUAUAUUUAGAUAAACUGGGAAGUUUGAAUAAUGUUUGGUUGCUGAAUAAGUAAUGUAUUAACUCUUACAUUUUCUAUACAUUUUUAUCUUACAUUUUUAUCAGACAAUAAAAAUCAAGCUGCAAACGUGAAAAGCAAAGGAUGGGCUAUAUUACUUACGCGUCAGCUGAACUGAUCUCAGUGAUUGAAUGUCAUGUUUUAUUGUUAACAGUAUUAAGGAUCAUUAACCUGCAUAUAAGAAAAAGGUCUUAAACAGAUCACAAGUGUGUAAAGCUGUGUUUAAGACAGUGCUUCCAAAUACUACUUAUUAUUAUUUUGCAGUAAAAAUACUUCAAGUUGCAUUUGAUCAAAUGCAGUGAUGGACUGUCUAACUUUAAA